AUGUAUAAUCUCCUUCAACGUGCUAAUGCGAUAUUCGCCUUUUCGAUGACAGUCACUUUUGGCGUCCUUGGAGCAAUAGCGAUAGUGACGCCAUUUUUACCUUCUUUCCCUUCAGCUCAAAUUAAUGUCAAAGAUAUACAGGUCAUUUCAUAUGACUAUAUGUCUCAGGGCGAGAGUGAGUUUGCAUUUGUGAAAUUGCAACUCGAUGCUGACUUAACCUCUCUAUUCAAUUGGAACACGAAACAAUUAUUUGUCUCUGUUGUUGCAGAAUAUGAAACUAAAUCGCAUGAUAUUAACCAAGUAGUUUUAUGGGAUUCGAUAAUUCAAUCAAAAGAAGAAGCACACAUCAAAGUCUCAGAUUUACAUAAUGAGUAUAAUUUUGUUGAUAUCACAACAAGUUUCCGUCAGGUGAAUGCAUCGUAUUCCUUACAUUGGGACGUAAUGCCAUAUGUGGGAAUGUUAAUAAAUGGGCAUACGACAUCUAACCAAUUUAUUAAAUUUCCUCCACGGGUUUCCUUGGCGCGUGCGGGAGUUAUAAAGAAAUCCAGUAGAUUUACUGUUGAUUCUUUUGAAGGACAAAUCGUAUUAUCACUUGAUGGUGAUGAUGACAGAAUUGAUGACGGAGUUGAUGACAGAAUUGAUGACGGAGUUGAUGACAGAGUUGAUGUG